AUGUUUCCGGCUGCUCAGCUGCCAAAGACACAAAUCCAAAACUGGAGACAGUCUGACUUCGAUUCCUUGCCAGAAGACGACACACUUCUGUUAGAGGCAGACCUUGGUCUCGUGGAUAUGGCUGAGAAUGAGAACGACGUUUCCUUGUGGCUUGACCUCCUCAGCGCCGCCAACAGGCAGCAUGGCCGAAACGGUGUGCUCGCCAUUUGGGAUGCCGCAGAACGGCGCAAGGCCCUUUACGAUGUGAAUAGCGAAGGAGCAGAAAUUUUCUGGAAGACCAUUCUGGACGCUGUGGUGGAUGAUGAGAGCCGACUCCAGCGUGUUGUUUUGCAUGCAGAGUGGAUGCUCAGGUCUCGUUCAGUUCAAUUGCCCUUUCUUUAUUCAACGACAAUAUCUUACUGUCUCCGCAACGGCCAGCACCGGAGAGCGAUGCAGUGGCACGUACGCCUUAUGCCCAAUUUCGAUCCCGGCUCGGAAGCUUUUGGCAACUUGUUACAGCAGUUUGUCAGUAACCCCGACACCGACUUGCAGGAGACAUUAAAAUGUUUAUACAUUGCAACUCUCCAUCAUAACCUAUACGACAAGAUUAUUCCAUUUCUGUACGAAAGGGGCCGCUCCCGUCUUUGCGCCUACUGGCGCGAACUGCUGAUACGAUUUCAUGACCUACCGCAGCCCACCCCCGAGUCGCAGCCUUAUUUGAGGUUCCUUUCCCGGUACUAUCCGGGUACCCCGCUCGAAUUGGAGGAACAGUUGGUCUUUGACCUGAACUCGCCAGCCUACUGGGACCUUAAGCACGACUCGUUAUGGGAUGCAAUGAGCGGCAUUCACGGUGAGGGAAAUGGUUUGGCUGGCAGAAGGUACAGCGAUACUUUGGGCGCGCGUUGGUUUGCAAGUUCUUGGGUGCCUCUGGACUUUGCAAUUCACGCGGUCCAUGCACUAGGCGUACGUCAGAUCGGGCCACUAUCUUUGCAGUCGAUUUCGUUACGAGAACCUACACCUAGCGCAGUUAUGGCCCGUAUUGAUCAGCUACACAAGGUUAAUAUUGGCAUUGGACACUCAACAUACGCUCGUGCCGUUAAACAUUUCGCCGAGAAUGCUGAGCAUGAUCUGUUAUCGGAGUUGCUGCACACCGACAUACAUCCAGAGGUUUUCGACGACCCCACGAUGCAGCAACGCAUUCGCGACGAAGCUUUGGAGUCAGGGGCUUGGAAGAGAUAUCGGUUGUUGCUCGCGAUUCAUCCCGCAAUUGCCGGGGAGUCUAUCGAAUCCACGUCAAAUAUUUUGUUUCAGCAACGUCUGGAACAACGGCAAACUCGGCAAGCGCUGGCUCUUAUGGACGAUAUGCGGUCCAUGAAUGUUAAACUCUCUGCGGCAUCGGUUCAGCUCAUUUGCUCUAAUAUUCUCGAACCCCUAGCAUGGAAUCCCAAAGUCGGGCCCUUGAACUGGGAAAGCUUGCAAACAGCUAUUAGCUACCUAAAACGUUUGUUGCUGCUUCAGAAGCCAGUGCCCUCGCGCUACUGGCGAAAGAUCCUUUUCAGCUUGGGCAAGUUCGGUCGCUUUGACGAGCUAGAGGAUUUGUGCCUUGGCAUCAUCGACACUUAUCAAGCCUUGAGUGAAUCUCAAGGCGGCUUACUUCCAGUACAUCCCACAGAUGUGCCGCCAUCGAGUAUGGGGGCCUUAACUGAGAAAGUUGUUAUCCCCGUUGAUUUGCCUACAACUCACGAUCACCAUCCCCUCCGCAGGAUCUUCAGCAACCCGGCGCUGCAUGUUGCGAUUGUUCGCUGGGGGUUCAAGGCAGGCUUAUCAAAAGAUUUGGCCCAAUGGGCGUUGGGUGUACAAGAAGUACCAGUGCUGGCUAUCAUACGGGGUGUGCGGCUGCUAGCCAAAAUGGAGAAACAUGGUAUACCGCUUGAGACAAGCGUGGUUCGGGCAGAGGUCAUAAGGUGUUUAACUCAGCUUUAUGAACCUCAAAGCAAGAAGGCUGCUUUGACACGACCAGGGUUGCCCGACUUGGUUAUUAUAAAGGACCAGAUCAACAAAGCUUUUGGUCAAGCUACUGACCGCCCGCUGCUGCCCGACAUUAUUGCCUUAAGAGAUGCCUUGAUGGCACGUGUCGACAGGAGACAUAGGCGUUCCAAAAACUAG